AUGAUGCCCGCCAAUCGGAGCGCCGCCUCGCUGACUCUGCACUUUUCCAGCAUGAGCCUGCUGCAGGAGCUGGUCCUCAUCUUUGUGGUCCCGCUCUCGAUCUGCAUGGCCAUUUGUCUGCUGAGAUUGUGGCUGUUCUCAUGUUCGAAACGGCCGUUGAAAGGUGAGUGGUAGGGUUUUGAGGGUUUUGAAAAAUUUUUGAACGUCUUGCCUUGGUGGGAUCAGAAUAAUUUGUGCUGCGACUUAACGAUGAGACCGAUCAACUGUUCGUCCAAGAACGGAUGUAUGUCCUACGUGUGUACAGUUUAAAGAAAAUUUUAGCGUGGUCCUCGGAAGCGGUAAAAAGUCCUUAAAACGGUAGAAAGAGAGAGCCGUUGAUCAAUAUGUAGUUUUUCUCCAUUUAUGCAACUUUGGCGCUACGACUUUUCGGGUCAACGACAGUCCGGGUCAACGAUACUAUGGAUCGUGUCGGCUCAUCGUUGUAUGCAUAGGGAGGCUAGGAGAACGCUUCUUUAGUAAGAAUAAUAAAUCGGGUCCUAGGAUUGCUUAUCACCUAUUUUGAGGUAUUUUACAUGUACUCACAUCAAUAAUAUUUGGAUAAAAGUUCCGGGUAUUCGUUUUUUGCCCAAAUUUUGGACUUUUACAUUGUUAAGGCUGCCAAAAAUCAAAGCGAUCAUUUUGUUUUAAACUUUUCAUUUUUUAUCAUCCCCAAUUUUUUCUUAACCCCGAUCGUUCCAGAUCGCAAGAAAUGAGGAGAAAUGUAAGAGAAAAGGGGUUUUUUGUCCACGUUUUGCCCAUUCCUCGCGGAAACAAGAGAGCAGGUUUAUUUGAAUUUUUUUUGUAAAAUAAAAAAAAAAUUAAAAAAUAUUUUUAAGAUGAGGAAAUUCUUUUUUUUAACACAAACGUUAUUUUAUGCCUGACAUUUUUGCCCAUUUCCACUUCUCUAAUUACAUUUGCAGAUAUGAGUACGUGGCGAGAUGACACCUCCGUUGUAAUGAGCCGAAAAAACACGCGAAGAGAAAAAAUGGUGGAGAUUGCGGAAGAAGUUUGA